AUGAGGAUCAUGAAGAAAAGCGCUCUACUACCCACUCCCGAAGAACCAAUUUCCAUCGACAAGCUACAUGGAAUCCCUCACGCGCACAGUCCACCAACACCCCGCCUAGGUGGCUCAACCGAGAAGGUGGACCCUUGCCAGCCAACGAGGAAGUCAAUCAGCGUCACCCAAAUCGUGAAGCUCACCCACAUGACCCACAAGCCAUGCGCGCAGAGGAUGUCGAGAAGCUUGUGA